GUCCCAAACACGUUUCCCGCCCGUCAGUUGGAGUUUUGGCGCGCGCCAUUGUUUUCAUCUUUUCCUCAAAUUGAGGAUAUGUGUGGUUCAGAUCUAUAGAUCUGUCUCAGAUGUAGAAACACAGAGCGAGCGACAGAGAGACAAGGGAUCAGAUUGAGCAGCAGAGCUAUGUUUGGGAGAGUAAGAGCGUCGUCUAUUCCGGCCGAGAGCUUGGAAAGACCGCCCUGCAAGAUUUUCAAGGACGAUUCUCUCUCCAUCUACGAGGUUACACUGAUGAAGCUUAAAUUGGGUUCAAAACGUAAUCUUAGUCCGUGCUCUAAUGAGGUAGUGGAGAUGGAUGCCGGUUCUAAUUCAAGUUCUCUUGAGUCGGAGCCAAUGAACAUAGAGGUGAACUGUGCUUCCUCGGGGACUUCAAGCUCUCCAGAUUCGGUUGCCAGCUUCCCACAGGAGGAGGUUAUGACAUUAGAUACAGAUUGUUCUUCAGAAAGAAGUUCAGUAAGUUCGAGUGGUUGUGAUUCUGCGGGGACCUUGAAACAGCCAAGGAGUACAGAAGUUUCAGUUCUCUACCUCUUCUCUAAAUUCAAGAGAGCUCACGAUGCAAUCAGCUCGUCCUCCAGUGAGGCAAUGAUAGUAGAUAGUGUUGGUGUUUCUCCAAGUUCUAGUGGUUCUCGAUCUGUUAACAACACAGAACAACAAUCGGAACAGGAAUGCAUCAGCUCUUUUCCUGCUACUGAGAUAGAUAUGCUCUAA